UACUUAUAAACUCAAACUGUUUCGGACAAAGCAAAAUGUGCUUGAUCGAACUUUAUUGGUAUUUCAUGUCCUUAAUCCGAAGUCUCGAUUUCACUAAAAAUUAGUAGGAGUUAACUCAUAAUUCUUGAUCAGUGAUCGGUGUAGAUCAUAUCAUUUUUUAACAGCCACUACAUUUUAGUGAUUCAUCUUUGUGCCUGAAUGUGGUCAAAAAUAAAUGUUUGAGUUUCAGACAGAACUGUUUUGUCAUCGAAACAGACAAAUAGUUGGAAUUUAGCAUCAAUUUAGCAUCAGCGAAUAUUCAUUGCGAAACCUACUUUUUCCAAUAUUUAGCUUGAAGCCUAGACAUCAAGCAAAAUGUUCUCAUUCUGAUACGAAAUCUAUAAGGCAGAUGACUUUCUGUAUUUGAGUAAAUGAGAAGUUAGCGAAGAUGAAUUUAAUAUUGUCAAUUAAAAAUGAUCUAUGAGUUGUUUUAAUCAUUUAUUCAAAACUCUCUUUAGGUCCUCUAAAUCCAUUGGUCAAUUUUCUGUGGAUUCACAUAGACCCAAAAUAACCAAAUCAUGGAGUUUACGGGAUAGUUUUUUUGGUUUGAGACGUGGUCGAGGGUCGAUUUCGGAUACUCAUGAAUGGCAGUAUAUUGCCCCAAAGUUGUAUCAGUUAGAAGAUCAGUUUCAUCAUCCAGCUUCAAAAUGUGAUGUUUGGCGAUCUCUUUGCCCUCAAGAGUUACCUAAUGCAGCUGUUUAUCCUACAAUACCUGUUUACAGUUUGUCUAAUAAAGUCUUUGCUUCCUCUACAGGCCCCAAAAAGGGCUUGUUAGCGGUGAAAAAGUGGCAUGGGUCAAAGGACAGCCACAAUGUCUAUCAUUCCAACUACUGGAAGACAAUGGAGAAUCGAAAAGCACAUGGAAUAUCUGUUUCUCUAUACGAGAAAAAUAUAUUUACUGGAAAACCAAAUGGUGGUCCUAUUGCUGAUGCAUUCGUUGUACGAGCUCGGCAUGAUUCUGCCUAUUUAGCUGUGGCAGAUGGUGUAAAUUGGGGCAAUGAAUCAAUGAAAGCUGCUAGAUCGGCAAUUUCAGCUAUUUACACCUAUUUAGAAUCGCAUUUAUUUGGUUGUAUGAAAGAGAAACACAACGUAAAAGACACAAGAGAUGCGGCCCAAUUAUUAUUUGAGGCUUUUUCUUUUGCUCAAGAGGAAAUUGUCUCCGUUACCACUGGUCUUACUACUCUUUGCGUUGCACUAAUUUUACCGGUACUAACAACUACAACCUAUGAAUCACAUGGAUUAACAAAUGAACAAACUUCAGCAUAUGGCAAAGCUCAAUUUUCUGUUAUAAUAGCAAGCGUUGGUGAUUGUCAAGCAUUUCUUUUAAGUAAAUUCCAUGGUAUACGUGAAAUAACCGGUUGGGUAAGAACCUCUGUCUUGUCAUCUGAUAAUUUAUCAACACAAUCAAAUGAACAAAAUAAAUUAGAGAAAAUACUUGGACCACCUGUACGGGAUUUUCGAGAUACUGGUGGUGCAUUGGGUGCUGUGUAUAAAAAUGGCAAUCCAGAAUUAAACAAUCUUAUAUGUGCUGUAACACUUUGUGAUCCAGGUGAUAUAGUUCUGCUUGGAUCAGAUGGACUAAUCGAUAAUUUCGAUCCAGUUAUUACACAACUAGCUGUUCCUGAAUCACCGCAUUUAGAUUUUGUUGAUGAAGAUGAUGAACACGAAGGACAAGAAGGUGGUGAGGAGGAAAGCUCAUCCAUUGAUGAUAUAGGUAUUCAUGAAGUAAACAAUAACAACAAAAAUUCUGUCAAAAGUACUUCAUCUUUAUCUUCAGAUUCUUUAAGGUGUAAUUUUAAUAAAUCGCCAACUUCACCAUUAUGUCGCCCAUCCAAAUCGUUGCUACAUAAUUCUCCUUUAACCCCACCACCUCGAGUAAAUAUUUGGCCACAACCCCCACCCCCACCAAAUGAUCCAACAAAAUUAACUUAUACACCCGUUACAAAUAUAAAUACUACUAACAGUAAUAAUAAUAACAAUAAUACUAAUGAUAACAAUGAAACUGAGACAAUUUAUGCACAUCAAAUUAACUUCACCAAUCAACUUGAAUUAAACUGGUAUGAACGUAGAAAAUAUGCAGCGAAAGAAUUAGAACGUGUGUGGCAUGAAUUAGAUAUUAGUACAGAGAAUGCUAGUAGUAAAAAAGGCACUUUUAGUUCCAAAGAUUUAUGCGAAGCACUAAUUGAUCAUGCAUACAGAAUUACAACAAAACGACGUGAAUGGUUAGAGAAUCCGGAUUAUGCACAUUUAAGACAAAAUCAAAAUGUAGUACAAAACAAUAAUAAUAAUAAUAAACACUUUGAUAAUACUUAUUCAACUGAUUCACAAAGAAAAUGGUUUAAUGAUAUGCUUAGACGUAUGCCUGGUAAAUUAGAUCAUGCAACUGUAGUUGCCUAUGAAGUUGGAGUUUAUCGUGGUAAUGAAAAUGAAGUAUAUGAAGAGACAGCUCAUCGGUUUCUAGCCGCAAAUAAUUCGAACUCUCCAACUAAUCACUCAAUUAUAACACAUUCAGAGCCAUAAUAAUAAUAAAGUAACUUAAGUAAAAGCACACUAUACUUGUAUAUGCAAUAAGUGAUCUUAGAUAUGAGGUAUUCCCAUUUCCAUUUAUUUAUUAUUUGUUUUUUUUAUAUUUUCAAAGAUGGUUCUUACUUUCUCUUUUGUAUAGAUAUAUAUUUUUUUUCGGUGUUGUUGUUUAUCUUCUCAUCAUAAAAAUAGGUCACCAUAUUGAAAGGUUGUUAUUAUUUUUUACCAAAUUAUAAGUAUUUAUAUCAUUAGUAGCUUUUAUUUAUAAACAUGAAUAAGAUUAUACUACAUAAUAUAGACACAAAUACAUGUAUAUCAUACCUUCAUUCAGUGUUUCAAUCCCAACAUAAAUCAUUGUGUUUUUUCUGUAACUACGCUUAUAUAACCAGUCUACACUUUUCUCUUCACAAAAAGAAUGAAUAUUUAUUUAAAUAAGGAUCUUAUCUUAUGUUAUUUAUUUUUGUUAUGUACAGUACAUUGUAAGCUUUUAUGCUGAAUAUUUAAAAAAAAAUGAAUGUAUGAAUGAACGAACGAAUUAUUUAUGUAUUCUAGAUUCAUGUCUUCAAAUAUGGGCUUAUUUCUCAUAAUAUUCAUUGACCACCACUAUAUCUGUGCUGGUUUAUUACAUUGUGUUCAUAAAUUGGUUCUUUGAUUUUAAAAUAAAGAUAACAAACAAUGGAAUAGAAGUCUAGUUAGAUAAAUUAAAACUGAGUGAAAGUUUUGAAGUUAACUUUUAGUUGAAUAACAUAAUAUCUAAGUUUUAUGUUACUGUUUAUGCAUAGAAAAAGAAUAUUUUGCAAAGUUUUCAUUUGCUAAGCUUAUAUUUGACUUCUUUAAUUCCCUUAUUCGCUAACGCGAGUUAAGUCAAUAAUUAUAUGCGAAGAUCGGCGACAUGUUUAAGACGAUAACGACAAUCACAUGAUCGAAUUGGAGUCAGAUAUUCCAGGGCCACCGAAGUGAUUUGAAAGUUGAUCGAAGGUUCUGGGUUGGAUUUCAAAGUACGGGUUCAGGACUGUUCACUUCUGAAGAGUCAUAUACUCUGAACAAACGACCUUCCAGUGCCUCCAGGUGUUUUGAUGGUUAUCUAACUUUCACCAGUUCAGGAUUUAAGUAAAACAACUUAGUUUGUUAGCUGCGGACGUUAAUUAAACUUUGGGAUAACUUAUUGUCAUCGAUUGGGGUCAACUGAAAAGCAAUUAUAAACUAUAGUGUACUGAGCCGCUAUUUCAUCUCUGUAAAGAUCGUUAAGAGGACUGCUGAGAAGUCAAAAACUGAGAAGAAAUACAUUUUAUUGAACUCCGUUUUCUUGAAGCUUUCCCAACAGAAGUUGAUCAAUAAGGAAAAUUUUUUGUUAUCUUCCGUUUACAAGCUUAUAAAGAAAAUUGUAUCGCAGAAUGUUUCUGUAACAAAUUUAGUGAAUUAAUCCUUCCCAAUUUUUUUUCAUACGAACAACCGUAAAUCGAUAUCAUGGCUAACAAAUAGAUCAUCUCUAAUUUCCAGC